GUGCGUGGUGCUGCUCGCCUGCGACCCCUGCGAGCCGGUGGCGGGGCACCGUGGGGCUGGUUUCGGGGGUGAGGGAGACCCAGAAGCAGCAGACCAGCCUUGAGGGCAGAACCUGGGGUAAGACUCAGCUGCUUAAGGCCAAGGCCAAAUGUGGAGGAACAUCCCAGGCUGGAUCGAGCUCCGUUGCAUUCUGGCUGUAUCCCCCAACUGGCUCCUUGACCUUGGAUAGUUCACUUUCGUUUCUAGGUCUUAGUUUCCUCCUGCGUAAAGUGGAGAGCUUGGAACCCUUGUCUCACAAGGCUUUUCCACCCCCCAAACUUCUGUGGCAGACCCCCUAUGGCCCCUUGCUGGGACUUUCCAGUUUAAGAAAAACAGAACCUGACGUGAAAACUGUAGAAUUCCUCCCCUCCCCCAACACACACACGCACACACACACCCCUCAGUGAGGCACAUGGUCUUCUGGGGGAGCUGGGCACGCAGUGUCUGCAGAAAUGGAGACCUUUGCUCAGGGGAACUUUAAGAUAUCUUCGUUUGCAGGGGCUUCCCACCCAACUACGGUUAAAUGGAAAGGCCAGUUAAAUGCACAGUCAGCAAAGGGAGCUAAGGAAACUGGGGAGUGGAUGACCAGUUGGUUGCAGAAACCUCAGGCUGUGCUCGAUCCCUGGUUCUGUGCCUCCCUCUCAUGUCCCCCAGGGCUGGUGUGGGGCGGAGCAGGAUGGCAGCUAGCGGGUCAGCACCUGCCCUUGGGCAGUCAUACCAACACCCCUCCUGCCCUCUGCAGCUUCCAGGGCCACAGGGUGAGAGCAGAGCCCGAGCUGCCCUCUGGUUUGUACCUCUCCCCACUUGGCAGUCUCUUCUCUCGCUCCACCUGUGCCAAGCCUGGAGCCUCCUUCUCUGCGCCAGGAAGCGUCCUGAAGAACUCUUCCCUCAAAGUGCCGCUGGCUCCCGCCAGAUGGUGGUAGCCAGGAGGGAGAGCUGAACAGGGACUUAAGGUUUUACUUCUGGUUUUAUAGAAGGCAUAGGGCCUGGCACUAGAAGGUUCUUAGGGGAUGACUGUGGAGUAGAAAUAAUGAUAGCUGUAUUCCUUUUUGCUCUGUGCUGCUCUUGAGUGAUUUAAGUAUGAGCUCUUUAAGCCUCACAACAACCUAGUUACAUUAUUCCCAUUUACAUGUGGCAAAACUGAGGCCGAUGUAAGUCACUUGCUCUGGAUCAUACACGUGGGAAGUGGCAGGAUCCUGCAGGUUACUUUUAUCCAUGACACUAAAAUCCUUCAGGUGAAUGAAUUCUUCUGAUUGAGACUUUGUGGGAGGCUGAUUAGGCCAACGGGGGUACUGGGAUUUCUUCCCAAAGACAGUGCCUAGUUGUGGGAUUUUGCAACUACUGAACCUUCCAUGCAGUCUGGAAAGAAGUCUUUGCAGCUCCAGCUUGUGGGUGGUCCCUGCUGCCUGGAGGAGAGAAGGUGGGCUCCUGGGGCCCACAGGCCUGUCUGAGACUUCAGUACGGCCUCUCUGGGCUGCAGCCUCCUAGCUAUGAUGUGCCUGGGUCCCUUGUCUGGAAAAUGGAUCUAAGGAUUCUAUUUGUCUUGUGGGUCUGGGCCUUCGUUUUCUCUCCUGUGACAUGGGAGGAAAAAAAAAAAAAAAAAACAAAAACCUGCGAGGAAAUGGGUCUAUGGUGAGCAAGGUACUAGAUGCCACACUUGUAGUUCCUUCUGUUAUCCUCACAGCAGCUCUGUCAGGUAGGCCUCCCUGAACCCAUUUUACAGAUAAGGACAGCAAGGCUCAGGGAGUUAAAUGCCUUGACACCGAAUGUCCCAGAGCAUGCGAGAGGUAAGUGAGGGUUCAAGUCUUGGUCCUUUGGUGCUAGAGGCCUUGCUCUUUUCAUCACAUUUUGCUGCGGGUAAAAACAAGGCUCCCAUGAUGACUAUACCUGUCCCGUACUCGGUCAGGAAGGGAAAUCUCAGAAGCCUGGGAGUGGGGCCUGGUCAGCUCAUGAGUUUCCUGUGGGUCCUUGGAUGUGUCUGAGCUGGAGAAGAUCCAAGACCAGGGGAAGUUCUCAGCUGAGGCCUCAGAGGCUCUCAGUUCCUUCUCCUCAUUCCCUCUGAAAACAUUUUUUUAGCAUGAUCAGCAAGACUGCAGUCGGAAGAAAGACCCAGGGUGGCUUUCCCUGGCCUGGAGGUGGCUUUGGCCUUGAAGAGCUGGAGAGCCCAGCCAGCCCAGGAACAGGCCUGAAGUUCUUUCCUGUGAUGUUGUUUUCCAAAGGCAAGUGCAGCUGAGCUGGCUACUCCAGGAUGAACCGCAGCCCUGAGAAGGGGAAGAAGUCCCGCUGGCUCUGCUAUGGCCUGUGAACCACAGAUGGACCCCGGUGGGGCAGCUGGCCCCUUGCCCACCACCUCUCCUGGCUGGAGCGCCCUCCCUAGUGGGAGCCCUCCUGGCUGGGGGCAAGAGCUCCACAAUGGCCAGGUCCUCACAGUUCUCCGGAUUGACAAUACCUGUGCACCUAUCUCCUUCGAUCUGGGAGCCGCAGAAGAGCAGCUGCAGACCUGGGGCAUUCAGGUCCCGGCUGACCAGUACAGGAGCUUGGCUGAGAGCGCCCUCCUGGAGCCCCAAGUGAGAAGAUACAUCAUCUACAACUCGAGGCCUAUGCGGCUGGCCUUUGCCGUGGUGUUCUACGUGGUGGUGUGGGCCAACAUCUACUCCACCAGCCAGAUGUUUGCCCUGGGGAAGCACUGGGUGGGUGUGCUACUCGUGACCCUGGCUGCUGUGAGCCUGACCCUGACUCUUGUGCUCAUCUUCGAGAGACACCAGAGAAAGGCCAACACCAACACGGACCUAAGGCUGGCAGCUGCCAACGGAGCCCUUCUGAGGCACCGGGUGCUGUUGGGGGUGACGGACACGGUGGAAGGCUGCCAGAGCGUGAUUCAGCUCUGGUUUGUCUACUUCGACCUGGACACCUGUGUGCAGUUUUUGUCUGACCACGUCCGAGAAAUGAAGAUGAGCCACGAGUCCUUGCUGAGAAGCAGAUUGAGCCAGCUGUGCGUUGUCAUGGAGACUGGGGUGAGCCCGGAGGCUGAGGGGCCGGAGAACCUGCUGGAGGAAGCUCCUCUCCUGCCCAGCAGUCCUGGUCCCAUGGAGAGGCCACUCAUGCAGACCGAGCUUCGCCAGCUUGUUCCUGAGGCUGAGCCGGAGGAAAUGGCCCGGCAGCUGUUGGCAGUGUUUGGUGGCUACUACAUCCGGCUCCUGGUGACCUCCCAGCUCCCCCAGGCAUUGGGGACACGACACACGGACUCUCCAAGGAUUCCAUGCCCCUGCCAGCUCAUAGAAGCCCACAUCCUGGGCACAGGGUGCUGCCCCUUCCUGGCCAGGUGACCUCAGGAUGAAGGUACUCAUCUUCCUCCAAGACUGAAAGUGAGAAGCUGGGGAAGCCUCAGGAGCCCAAGGUGGCCGAUGGCGAGCCCCAGGUGAGGAGAGAAGCAUCUGAGACCCUCUGAGGGUGUCAGUCACAUCAGCAGCGGGGAGGUUGUGCUCACUCCAGGACCCUGAGCACAGAUGGCUUGUCGACAUCCUAUGCUGACCCCUGGCCUUUCAGAAGCCGAUGAUCCCACUCUGAGCCACUUUCUGUGCUGUUUAGAACUGUGAGCGUGGAUGGAAGGGCCACUCGCCCACCCUUUUCAUGCCUGGAGAGCCCAGGAAAUGUGAAGAUGACCAGACUGGGCUGAACCCGUGUCCAAAGCUUGGUCUCAGGCAGCGCUUCCAUCCCCACCCCACUUCAUGUCACGUGGGGAAACUGAGGCUCAGGGAGGACACUGCUCUUUGUGGCCUUGCUUUGGGCCCCUUAAACUAUGAGACACCUCUUCCCAAUUUGAAGAAGUACCUUCUCAGAAUGUUCUCCAUUUUUAAGUUGUUCUUUCCCUGUGCUUGAUGGAAAACAGUGGCACGUGGGCUUGUCUGCUAGCACACAGGCCUUUAGGAGACAGAAGGAAGAAACACCCGAAGGAAGAAACUAAUGGCACAUGGAAGGGCUAAUGUGAAUAUUUGGAAGCGAAGCGCCUGAACCUGUCCGAUUGGAGGACUUAUUUUGUUCAAGGGCAUGCAUGCUUGUGGGUGUGGUUUCUUACUGCAGCCAUCAAACAGCAGCCCUUUCCCUAACACUAAAGCUGCCCUGGAAUGAAGCAUAAUGUGUCCCUCACGGAAUUCCAUAAAGAGCUCAGAGUCUUCCAGGUGCUCUGCCUCUGAAUGAGUCUAAAGACCCAUUAUUCUCUCGGCCCAAAUCCAAAAGCCCCAGCCUGGCAUUGAAAGGUUUACCAAUACCCAGGACCUGGCUUUCAUCUGCAGUUUUUGCUUUAUCGCCCAUAAAAGUACUUCAUAAAUUGAAACUCUUUCCUGGAUUGACAAAGCUGUUCCUUUGCAUCUGUUUAGACUCCUCUGCAUGCUUUAAACAUUUUUUUUUUCCAGAAAUUUAUAUAGUUGAUAUAAAUAUUAUGUAAGCUUCAGGUAUAGAACAUAGUGACCCACCAUUUUAAAACGUUAUUCUCCAUAUAGUUAUUAUAAAAUAUUUGCUGUAUGCCCUGUGUUGUAUAUCUCUGUAGCUUAUUUAUUUUGUAUAUACUGCUUUGUACCUCCUAACCCCCUCCCCCUAUCUUGCCCCUCCCCCUCCUAUGCAGGCUUUAAAGCCCAGCUUUAUUUUCCCCUCCUUCAGGAAGCCUUUUAACCCUGCCAUUCUCUGCCUCCUUUAAAUUCUUGAUGUAGCUGCUGCCUUUACUGAUGUUUUAUGUUACCGAUUCUGUUUUCCUGUACAAAUGCCUAUCUUCCUAGCUAGACCAUAAGCUCCCCAAGGACAAAAGCUGCAUCCUGUACUUUUUGUGCAUGACCUGGACCUCUAAGGAAAAAAAAAAUCCUGUGGAUUGAGUACUUUGUCAUCUCUAUUGUAGCUUUUACGCAUUGCUCUCUGUACUCAAUUGAAUGAUGAGGUUGGCACAGACUGGGAUUCUGGUCCUAAACUGCCACUUUUAGCUGCAUCACUUUUGGCUGGUCCUCAGUUUACACAUCUGUAUAAUGGGUAGAUUGGAUGAUUCUUAACAGCCCUUCCAAAGCCAAAGAUCUAGGAAUUUCCAGCUUUUUCUGCUCCAUUCUAGCCCUUGGCCUUUCUGUCUGUUAUGCCUUUAUCUACAUGUAGAAAGGUUCUGUAGCCCCACACAGAUGAGGUGCCCCAGACCUGACACACAGGCUUAGCUAGCCGGAGACUUGGGUUUUCAUCCCAGACCUGCUGCUUCCUAGCACUGUGACCUUGGCUAGGUUAACCUCUCUAAAGGUCAGUUCACUCCUUUAUAAAUGAAUCUGGUGCACAUAAAAUGUCAUUAUGCAGGUGACUUACCAUGUAAGAGAUAAGUCUGACUGUUUGCUUUCUCCGGGCCAAAGAAGAUAAAUCAUCUGCAUAGACCAGCCCUUGGAAAUGGCUAUUUCAGGCAUUUCUCUUCAGCUAAUUCUUUGGGCAGCUCUGCUCAAUGAGAAUUAUUCAUGAAGGCGAUCACUGUCUUUCUCACCUGCCACAGAGGAAGUGUGGGCUGUGAAUAUGAUCAAUAGAAACCCACAUUUUUCCUCCAGCUAUAAAGCCCUGGUAAGUAUCAUAACAAAGAAGGAAAAUGUAUGUAUUUUGACAAAAGAAUGGGGUUUUUUUUUUUCAUUUUAAGCCUUCCUUAAAGUGGUUUUUCUUUUUUUUCUUCAUUUAAAGCCUUCCUGGAUGUGCUCUUUCCUGCAUUUUCCCUUCUUUAGAGUUUCUGAUAGUCUCACCUGGUGGGUGAGGCAUUAUACAUUUCUGCGCAUUGAGAGCCCCUCCUUUUCCUCUUUUAGAAAAUGCUGUGAUCUCUGACUUUCCUACGUCACAAGGUUGUUGUGAAGUUGAGAUUCUGCAAUAAGGCAUGUGCUAUUUUAAGGCUUUGUGUUAAUGAGAGAGGCAUGGCAAUGGUGAAAAUGGUGCCAUGUCAGGAAGUAGGAGCAGAGAGCUUGGAUUCUAGAGCCCCUUGUGUUCCAGUCCAAAGUUUGCCUCCCAUCCCUGGGUCUCACUACUCAAGUAUGGAAUAGGGAUAAGUGCAUCUACCUGGCAGGUGUCUGUGAAGAUUAAAUGAUAUGAAAAACAAAGUGUUUACAACUGUGACUUGCAGACUUGAGUAAGAGCUCAAUAAACUGUUGCUAUUA